AUGCCGUCCCACGACGCUACCCGCAAGCGCGCUCGCAAGAACAUACUCACGAAGGCUAACAAGAACAUUCUCACGGAGGCCUACAGGAACAUACUUACGCAGGCCUACAAGAACAUACUCACGGAGGCCUACGGGAACAUACUUACGGAUGCCUACAAGAACAUACUCACUGAUGCCUACAAGAACAUACUUACGGAGGCCUACAAGAACAUACUCACGGAGGCCUACGGGAACAUACUUACGGAGGCCUACAGGAACAUACUUACGCAGGCCUACAAGAACAUACUUACUGAGACCUACAAGAACAUACUCACGGAUGCCUACAAGAACAUACUUACGGAGGCCUACAAGAACAUACUCACGGAGGCCUACGGGAACAUACUCACGGAUGCCUACAAGAACAUACUCACUGAUGCCUACAAGAACAUACUUACGGAGACCUACAAGAACAUACUCAUGAGGGCCUACAAGAACAUACUCACGGAGGCCUACGGGAACAUACUUACGGAGGCCUACAAGAACUUACUCACGGAUGCCUGCAAGAACAUACUCAUAAGGGCCUACAAGAACAUACUUACGGAGGCCUACAAGAACAUACUCACGGAGGCCUACGGGAACAUACUUACGGAGGCCUACAAGAACAUACUCUCGGAUGCCUACAAGAACAUACUCAUGAGGGCCUACAAGAACAUACUUACGGUGGCCUACAGGAACAUACUUACGGAGGCUUACAAGAACAUACUCACGGAGGCCUACGAAUCAUCAUCACAGAGGCCUACAAAACCUUUCGUGACUAAGGUCUAUGAAAACAUACCACGAUAA